GAGAGUAAACGAACAAAGAGGAAAGACAUUGGAAGCUUGUGUCAGGUCAAUGCUGUUGCCGUAAGGUUUCAAAACACUUUUUUGAUCUAGAAGAAAAACCGCAUCUUGUUCUCCGGCCGGUUAAGCUUCCGUCUCAGAUCGGCGGCACAACGAACCCGAACCUAAACCGAUCUUCAAUCUGACGAGGGAUCUGAUCUGAGCAUGUCGAAAUCUCUACCGUAUUCAGUGAAAGAUGUUAACUACGACAAUGCCAAGUUCAGACAUCGAUCUCCUUUAAAGGUUCUUUCACAAAGCAUGCUUACUCUUAGCACAAAACGCAACUACGCAAGCUGCAGCACUGGAAAGUUCCUAAUGUUAAUAUUAAUCUUUGGAAUAGGAUGUCUACUACUGAUAAGCAAGGGUCCAAAUGAUUCUGCUCCUAAUGAAAAAGGAAAGGUCACUUUUGUUGGGGGUCUUAGGCUUGGGAAGCUUUUAAGAAAGCCACCUAGGCUUCCACCUCGAUUAUCACCUGACGAAGGACAGUUAAGAGCCAACGGCUCGAACUCUGACCCAAAAUGGGCAGCCAGACAGCAAAGCGUGAAGGAUGCUUUUGACUACGCAUGGUCUGGCUACAGAAAGUACGCAAUGGGUUAUGACGAGCUUAUGCCUAUUAGCCAGAGAGGCGUGGAUGGCUUAGGAGGACUUGGUGCCACUGUGGUCGAUGCUCUUGACACAGCUAUGAUAAUGGGUCAUGAUCACAUCGUUUCCGAAGCGGGAGCGUGGGUGGAGGCUCAUCUCUUGGAGAGGAUCAGUCAAAAGGAUCAAGUUAAUCUGUUUGAAACUACAAUACGUGUUUUGGGUGGGCUUCUAAGUGCGUACCAUCUGAGUGGAGGAGAUAAUAGUACAAUGAACAUGACACAUAACGGUCCAAAACCAGCUGUUUAUCUAAAUGUUGCUAAGGAUUUGGCUGACCGUCUACUUUCAGCUUUCAGCUCGAGUCCUACUCCUGUUCCUUAUAGUGAUGUCAUAUUGCGUGACUCAACCGCUCAUCCAGCUCCAGGAGGGAUGAGCAGUACAGCCGAAGUUGCUUCUGUACAGCUUGAGUUUAAUUACCUCAGUGCUGUUUCUGGUGAUCCGAAGUAUAGUACAGAGGCCAUGAAGGUCUUAGCUCAUAUAAAGACUCUUCCCAAGACAGAAGGUCUUGUUCCAAUCUACAUCAGCCCUCAAUCAGGUGAAUUUGUUGGUGAGAAUAUAAGGUUGGGAUCUCGUGGGGAUAGCUACUAUGAGUAUUUAAUCAAGGUGUGGCUUCAGCAAGGAGGCAAAUUGAACAGUAACUUUACAUAUUUGCAUGAUAUGUACACUGUGGCGAUGAAAGGAGUCAGGCAUUUGCUUGUGCGCAAAUCAAUUCCAAAAGGUCUGGUCUUUGUAGGAGAGUUACCUUACGGGUCCAAGGGAGAGUUCAGUCCAAAAAUGGAUCAUCUGGUAUGCUUCUUGCCUGGUACACUUGCGCUUGGUGCUACCAAGGGACUCACAAAGGAGAAGGCCCUGGCGGAAAAUCUUUUAUCCUUUGAGGAUCUGGAGAAUUUGAAACUUGCAGAAGAGUUAGCGAAAGCAUGCUUUGAGAUGUAUGAAGUAACUGCCACUGGUCUUGCUCCAGAGAUUGCUUAUUUCCACACGGAGGAAUACUCUGAGGAUGGUCUUGAAGGUGGGAAUAAGAGUUCAAUGUAUGCGAAAGAUAUAAUCAUACACCAGGCUGAUCGACAUAAUCUACUGCGCCCUGAAACUGUUGAAUCACUCUUUGUCCUUUAUCGUCUCACAAAAGAUACAAAAUACAGAGAUCAAGGGUGGCAGAUCUUUGAAGCGUUUGAAAAGUACACAAAGGUGAAAACUGGUGGAUACACAUCGUUGGAUGAUGUAACGGAAGUGCCUCCUCUUAGGAGAGAUAAGAUGGAGACAUUUUUCCUUGGUGAAACGUUGAAGUACUUAUACUUGCUCUUUGGAGAUGACUCCGUGAUUCCACUGGAUAAGUUUGUUUUCAACACCGAAGCUCAUCCACUUCCAAUAAAACAUACCUGAAAGUAUGCAUAGUAAUAGUGCCAACUGCAGAAGAGGGUAGUUCGCUGAGAGAACCAAAAAAAAACAGUAACUCUCCAUGUAAGAUAAGUCAUCUCUUUUCUUUGAGAUGAGUUGUAAUCAGACACCAUUGAAAUUACUUACGUUUAGUUUU